UGAAUGUGCAUAAGAAACAGGCUUCUAUAAAUUCUCAGGGUGUUCAGGAACUAAUCGGUGAGACUAACCCAUUGAGCGCAAAAGCAACCUCUGGAAUGGGAUCUUAUAACACAUCAGCACAGGACACCCCUAAUAGACUGUUGGACUCUAGAGAAUCAAGUCUAAAAGAGAAACUGCUUGAGACAGUUAGCAAAAAAGAAGAAUGUAGAAAUGUUGACCAGACAGGAAUUUCAGAUCUGCUUCAACAUGACCUUGAGGGGAGUUGCUCCCCAAAAACUGCCAAUUUAAGGUCAAUGUGGGAUAGAGGUAGCACUGAGAGCCCAGGAAUGCUAGUUAGCAAACCAAGCAUAAAUUUGGAACAGGAAAACCAAAAUAAUGGUGUCAAGAAGGCAACUGAUCAUGAAGAGGAACCAACCAAAGUUGAUAUAAUAAGUCCAAAAUAUUCAGCGCUUGAAAGCAAGGAGCAAUCAUUUGUAAAGGACAUUUAUAAUGAGAUAGAAUCUGAUAACACUGUCCGUGAUUCAUCCAAAAAGCAAGCUCAUGUCAGAGAUAAAGCAAAUGAGAUGCAAGCACAAAUAAGUGAUAUAAAUCAAAUGAAAGAUGUAAUGGCUCAGAGCAUAACCUCAGACAAUGAUAAAUGCAAACAUUUGAGCCAAAAAUCCUCAUCACUAGAUUUUGUGCUCCAGCUAGGAGACCAGAGCAAAGAAAAUGUUGGAGAAAAUAUUAAUAGUAGUGAGGAAGGAUAUAUGACUUCAGCAGUACUAGAACUUGACCAACAAGUAAAGACAGAGGAAAAAGGAUCACAGCUAAACCCUCAACCAACAUCUAAUGUUCACUUAAAGCAACAAAUCCAUGUCUCAUUAGUAAAGCAAAGCAAUCAGCAACAAGACAACAGGGCAGAAAGGAUAAAAGCACUCAAAUCAUUUUGGGAAAGAGAAGAAUUGCAAUCAAAAAAAUAUAUAAAAUCAACAGCAGAAGGAAAAUCACCUGUGAAAUCUACAAAACUGAAUAAAAGGUUCACCAAAUCAGAGCAUGAUCUUACAUCCAUAGGUACAGAAACUGAGGCAGAAACUGUCAAUUUUACAGUUCUUCCAUUACGAGACAGAGUAGAGAAGACUGUCACAGAAGAAGGUAUGAACAGAUUACAGUUCAAAAUGCUUCGUGACUUCUGGGCAGAAACUAGCAGACAGUCAUCCAAUCAGGAAGGUAAACAUGCAAAAACUAACAAAGAGCAUGAACUGGUGGAUGCAAGGCAUUCUUUAAAUCAAAAUGUUUGCCCAAAUCAGCCAGACCAAGGUUUUGGAAAUGAUAGUGGGAAUGCUAUGUCUCCAAAGACAGACAGAGGGCUCCAGUUAUCUCCAAAAGCGAAAAUUGAUGUCAAAUAUCCUGAUACUGAUACCACAGAUAACUUGUAUAUUUCUCCGACUGAGCUAGAUGUUCUAAGAUCAUCCAAUUAUACACAUCCAAAGAGUGGCACACAGUUCUUUCCAAAAGAUAAAGCAUCCCCUAAACCUGCAGGGUUGCCCAAUAAAGAAUCUCAAAAGCAAACUAGAAGUAGUGGCAAAGGAACUUUAAAUGGAAGAGGAAAUUCACUUCGGCGUGCCAUCAGCAUGUUUGCAGUGAACAUCGAAGAUCAAGAUGAAGAUUUAGAAUUGCAGUCCAGGAAAGUAUCUGACACAGUCCUUCCACAGGUUGGAAAAACAACUGAAAGUACAGUCUUCUCCUCCACAAGAACACCAGAAGUUAAUUUACAAGUGAGAAAGAAUUCAGUCACCAAGAAUAAGCAUAAAAUCACAGAAAGAAGCACUUCUGAGGAUUCGGAUUCUCAAACUCUCGCCAGGUCAUUUCUUCCACGAGACAACCAGCAUUACCUGGGAAUCACAGAAAAGGAAGGCAAGGACAUUUCUCCACAGGAUAAAGAGCAGAUCAGUGAAUUAGUCUGCACCUCAUUUCAGACAGAUGGUGUGAGGUGCUGGGCUGAGCAAGAUGAUAUUCCCCUGGACUCAGAGCUUUGCACUAGGAAGGGGAACUUGAACGGCAAAUCAGCUCACAUGCAAGUAAAAAUAUCAACCAUAGGUCCUUAAACAAAGAUGACUCCUUUUCUGGGACAAGUUCAAACUUACCUGAUGGGAGCCUAGUUCAGGAAGCGCUAAGACGGGCAGCCACUAGACCUGUAUACCAUAAGAGCCUCGAAGACAUUACUGCAGUACCAAUCUCCAGCACUCCAUCUCGAUCCACAUCUUCCUUCUCAGAUAGGGAGCGUAUGAGGAAAAUCAGCAAAUCUGUUCCUAAUUUCUUGGAGACUGAGGAUGAUGGAAAUGAGAGUGAUUCAGAGUGCAGCUCUAACAGUGGAAAAUACUGGAAAAACAGCAACCCCCAAGCUAAACUUAGCAGCAACUCACGCAUUGCCACGUUGUCUUCGAUGAGCGGGAGCAUAAUAAGCAUUACCAGUGCAGACUAUGCGAAUAUUAAAGUUCAGGGGAUCAUCAAGUUUUCAAUCAACUAUGUCAAGAAGAUGAGGGAGCUCCACAUUUUUGUAGUCCAGUGCCAAAAUCUGGCCCCAGUGGACGUGAAGAGGAAUCGAUCUGACCCGUAUGUUAAAAGUUAUCUUAUACCUGACACUGCCAAUUUGGGUAAACGAAAAACGUCAGUGAAAAAGAAGACAUUGAACCCCAUAUAUAAUGAGAUUCUAAGGUAUAAAGUUCAAAUGGAGUAUGUAAAAACGGAGAUGCUUAACCUGUCUGUUUGGCACAAUGACACAUUUGGUCGGAACAGCUUCCUUGGAGAAACCGAGAUUGACCUUUCCAAGUGGGAUUUUGAAAACCCUCAGAUUAACUGCUUAUCCCUCAAACAAAGGGCCACAAGCAGUAUUCUACUGACAGAUGAUAGAGGAGAGAUGAGAUUGGCCAUACGGUUCUUACCUCACAUCUCCCUCGCUAAAUCAGGUGAAAUUCAUAUCUGGGUCAAAGACUGCAAGAACCUUCCUCCAAUCCGAGGUGGCACUAUAAACCCAUAUGUGAAAUGUUUGGUGCUGCCAGACACCACCAAAAAGAGCUUACAAAAGACACGGGUGUUAAAGAGGGCAUCAAGUCCUGUGUUUAAUCACACAAUGGUGUAUGAUGGCUUCAGGGCCGAGGAUCUAAAGGAGACCUGUGUGGAUCUCACAGUAUGGGACCAUGAACGACUGUCUGAUCACCUGGUGGGAGGAGUGAGACUCAGCCUGGGAACAGGGCAGACAUGUGGGAAAAAAGUGGACUGGAUGGAUUCUGUUGCUAAUGAGGUGGAAUUAUGGCAAAGAAUGAUAGAUUCGCCAAAUGAGUGGGUGGAGGAUGUGCUGCCAUUGAGAAUGAUGACAACAGCAAAAAAUGCUUGGAAAUAGCAUUGAUUGUAAAGUGCAAGAUUACACACUCACUGAGCACUUUGGAGAUGUUUCAUUAAUAUGUAGUAAUGACCCCCUUUGCUCUUGAGCGAUUUUCAAUUCUUAAUGGCUUGAAUUCCACAAGAUGUUGGUAACAUUCCCCAGAUUCUGGUCUAUGGUAUUAUUGCAUCACACAAUUCCUGCAGAUUUUUUCAGGCAAAAUUUCAUGCCGAAUCGUGCUGGAAACAGGUGUUAGAAGAUGGUAAACUGUGUUGAUAUUAAUGCACAAAAAUACUCAAUUAGGUUUCAAAUAGCUUUCAAGCGAAGAUUAGUAAUAACAGCUCCUAAGUGUGCUUAAAAAAACCUUCCCCACACCAGUAUAAUGCCUCCACCAGUCUGGACUGCUGACACAAGGCAGGUUAGAUUUAUAUUUUUGUGCUGGACUGUAACUACAAGAUUUUAUGUAUUACAUUACAUGCCAACUGAUUGCCUGAUUAGAUGAUUGCAUGAAUGAGUAGUUAUUUAGAUGUUUGUAAUAAAGUGCUCAGUGAAUGUAUAAAUAGUAUUUUGAAUGACAAAACUCAGCACUUCUAAUCAUAUAUUAACAUCAUAUUAGUAUUUUUACAGCCAUCCUACUGAUUAUGAAAAGCAUUCUAUUUUAUUAUAAUAGCUUUACAUUGUGAAGGAUAUCUGAAUAAAUUCACAGCAUUUGGUGUCACCUACUUUAUCAGCAACUGUCAUACCUAUUGUCGCUUUAACUAAAAUUGCAAAUUCACCUAAUAAAUUGUUUUCUUGAAUUUUAUUUAUUUUAAUCGAAUGCUUACACUACUAGGUGAUAUAACAUUUUCUGGUAAUCUGUUCAUCUGUAUAAGAUAUUCAGCGCAAUAUCUCAAGAAUGAGAGAUCGACUGUUUCUAGGAUUUAUAUAGAUUUAUCACUGUAAGCAGCAGAAUAUCUGAUUUGAUUUGAGAAUCUAUUUAACACUGUCAAAGCUUGGUUAAUAGUUUUUUUUUCAUUCAAAAGCUUCCUUCCUGUUUUAGAUGUACAAUUAAAUCAAAAUAAAUUAAAUAAACAACGGGUGAAUCAGCUGCAACAGUGCCAGUAGAUUCACUGAUAGGUUCUUGAAAAAAAGAGAUAUAGAACUACUCACCACAAUGAUUCUACUGUUCCACAUUUCAAAGGGAUUUCUUCUGUGUCAUAUUUAUAUCUUAGUUGUGAUACCAUGAAUCGCAGGAAACACACAGCUUGCCAGUCUAUUACUUGGUGGUGGUGAUGAAGGUGGUUAUCAGGUGUUGGAAGUCUAAAACAAAAAUGUCAGGCAAUAACAGAGCAGCAUGAAAGCUAAAUGUUGGCUAAUCAUAGAAAUGUAUCAUAACACAUCAUGCAGUAAGGAACAUGAUACCUCCUGUGAAAGAAAGAGGGGGCUAAAUUAUACUUUGCUUUAUUGUUUGGAAAACCUUGAAUCUAUGCAGCAAACAGGAAAAUCUAAAAACUACCAAACCAUUCUGGAGUUCUCUGGCUGAGAACAAAACUGCAAUAUUUUUAGCUUUUGAAAACAUUGUACAGUACUAAAAAAGAUUUAAAGUUUAAUUAAAGACUUAACUAACAACCCAUACAUUAAGCCACAGAAUGUGCAGUGGAAGACAUUUUGUGGUCAGUAUGCCAGUGCUUCCACCUUGCUCUUGUCCAUCAUCACUACGUUUGGAUGAUGUACCACAGAAACUUGACAGUGCUUUUUUCACAUACAAGUUUUACAAGACUUCUUAAAACUGCAUAUACCAUGGUAAGCUCCAGGCCUUAGGAUAUUAUCCAUAUAAAUAAUAAAUUCAAGAACUCAUUGACCACUUCACUGAUAAAAAUGUGGAACAUUAAUAAGCCCAUAUGUCAUGAUGAGGCCUAAUAAUUGUAUUCAGUGUUUGUCACAAAGGCAAUUUUUAUCAUCUUCUUGGUUACAAAUCAAGUACCACACAUUUCUGAGGUCAAGUUUAUCAAAAGGAUAACGGUAGCUGGGACUUUUUAAAAGAUUACCUAAAAGAACAAGGUCAAAUAAUUGCACAUAAAUCAGUCGCAUUUUUUUUUUACAAAUAU